AUGUGCCUGUGAUGGACUGUGCCGGGCUAUACAUGGGAAACCCUUCCGGGAUUUAUUAUUACUGAGCAUGUUUACGACAAGUCCAUGAUCUACUUUCAACUUAGAUAUUGUCAAGUGUAGAUAGAAAGUGUUAAAAGAUGACAAGGUUUGCUAGAGGGGGCUCCGAGAACAGUAAACGCCCUUUAGAUGCCACACCAUGGAGAGAAAUGGCAGGUCAAAGUUCACAGGGCCACCAAAAACAUAGACAGAAUGUGAAAGGCAAGAAACACAGGCCAAGCCAUACAAAGGUUAAGGUCAAAGGUGAAGGAGACAUUGAAAAGGGAUUGGUAUUGGCUCUGAAGAAAGAAACAAGAAGAGAAGACAGAAGAGUGAAGAGGAUAGAUAAACGCAAAGAAGAAAAGGUGUGUUAUAACUGCCGUGGAACUGGUCAUGCAAUGUCUGAGUGUCCAGAGUCCAAGAAAGAUAUUGAGCAAGGCACAGGUAUCUGUUUUAAGUGUGGAUCCACAGAACACGCCUCCAGCAAGUGUCGGCUCAAACUUCCUGCAGGCAAGUUUCCCUAUGCCAAGUGUUUCAUAUGCGGAGAGAUGGGGCAUUUAUCAAAACAGUGUCCAGAUAACCCUAGGGGACUUUAUCCAAUGGGUGGCUGUUGUAAGAUCUGUGAGUCUGUGGAACAUUAUGAGCGGGAUUGUCCUAACAGAGAAGAACAGCCAGGUGAAGACAGAAAAGACCUCCUACUGACAUGGAAACCUGGCACUAGUGCAGACGAGGAAGUAUCUUUUCACAGACCUAAUCCCCCACCAAAGAAAAAAUCAGGACCAAAACUUGUCAUAUUUUAAUGUUGAAUUUGUAAUUGAUUAAAUUAUAUUAUCUAAGACAAGUUA